AUGAUUGAGGAUGAAGGAGAAAAAAAAGAUGAUACUUCUAAAAAAGCUAAUGAAGCUAUAGAUAGACUUGCUGUAAAUUUAGCUGGAGCAUUUGUUAAAACAAUGUUUCCAGAAAUGGAGAGGACUUCUUCACAUAAAGGAUCAUCAUCUAUUGAUGAAGGAAUGACAGGACCAGAAAUACGUAGAGCUCCACCAUCUAGUAUGAGAGGUGGUUCUGCAAAUGAUCCUAUAUUAGAAGCUUAUAAAAAUAUUCAACAACAAUAUUCAUCCUCAUCAGCAGGAAAAGCUUUAGAAUCUUUAAAUAGUUUAAGUGGUUCAUUUCCAACAUCAUCUAGUAAUAUUGCUGAUAUGGCUGGAAGUAUACCAUCUGGAUUGUCUCCAGAAAUGGUUGCUAGUUUAAUGACCCCAAUAACAGAGAAUCUCUCUGCUGGUGUUGGUGGUGCAGCAGCAAUAAAUGCAUUACGUAAACAAAAAUAUUUACAAGAUCUUCAAAAACAUCAACAUGAGGUGAAUCAUUAUUCACAGGCACAAAUUGAAUAUUUAGAUGCUCAAAGAAAAUAUCAACAAGCUAUGGUAAAUCAACAGGCUGGUGCUGCAUUACUUAUGCAACAACAACAACAAGCAUUUUUAAAUAAAAUGAAAAAUAAGUAUGCUGGUGUUCCUACAGUUGAGGUUGAUCCUAAUGUAUCUCAAAGUCAAGCAGUAUCAUCUUUAAUUAAUAAUCCAUUUGAUGAAAAUAGAAAUGAUAAUCAUGUAGAGGAUACUCAAACAGGGGGAAAAGUUUUUGAUGAUGCCAGAGAUCCUGUAAGACAACAUGCUGCCAAAACAGCUGCUAGAGCUGCUUUUGCUGAAAAACAUGGUGAUGGAAAUAGGGAAAUGUUAGCUAAUAAUAAAAAUUUAAAAAAAAUUUUUAAACAAUUAUAUGGUAUUGAAAUACCUGAAAAUGGUGAUGUCAGUAGUUUAACAGAAAAAGAUAAAAGUACAUUAAGAGAAUUAAAAAAAUAUUUAGUUGAGAAAGGUGCUAUGAUAUCAUCAGACAAGGGUGUUUAUGAUUUAAUGAAAAAUCAUAGAAAAGAAGGUAUUGGAAAAAAGGAAAACAGUAGGGAAGAGGUUGUAGUUGAUUUAUUAAAAAAUGAAAAUGAUGAUGAGGAUGAGGAGAUGGAGGAGAAUGAUAAAAUAUGUGAUGCUUGUAUUCCAGUACAAUUAACAAAAAUUAAAGGACCAUGGACAGAAAUUUUUGGAAAUCCAUCAGUAAUAAAAAAAACAUUUUCAACUGUUUUAACAUUAAUGGAAAUGAAGUCACUUGAAAGUGGUAUUAUAACAUCAAAUUUAUCACCUAGAACAGCUACAUGUAUUGGUAUGGAAAUUGGUAAAACAUCAAAAUCAACAAAAAAAACAAAAAUUAAUAUGUUCUUUAGAGAUGAUGGUAAAAAUAGAAAUAUUCAUAAGAUGAAUGGGACAAUAAUUAUAGAAGAUAAUAUUAUAAAAAGUGAUAUGGAUAUAAUGGAAAAUAAUUAUUGUUUAAUUAAAGGUGGUGGUUUAACAUUAAGAAAUAAGUAUGAAUAUAUGAUUUUAGCUGAAACAUCAGGACCAAAUAAAUGUUCAACAUAUCAUAUAUUUACUAGAUCUGUUGAAACUUUUAAUACAAAAUUUUAUGAUGAAGUAUCUGAAUUUAUGAAGGAUAAAGUUUUGUUAAGUGGUGUUAGGCCUGUUGCACAGUUACCGGAGGCAGAGUUAUGCCAACUUUUAGAUUAA